AGGUACUCUUUGAUCCUCAGAGCAAAGUUCUGCAACAAACAACCAUGAGAGCUUUGAUCUUAUUAACCAUUUCUUCCCUAACAACACUUACCAAGGCAACCCCAGGAGGAGCACAUGGAGGCAUAGUACUUUCCGGACCUUCGGGAGUCGUCACCAACCAUGGAGCCAUCGGACCGGCUGCCCUAGGUUUGGGUGGACUGGGAGGACAUGGUGGAGCUUACAUUGGCGGACCUGCAGGACCAUCUGCCUUCGUUGGUGGUCCCGUAGGACCUUCUGCUUUUGUCGCUGGUCCUGCAGUAUCCCACGCUUCCGUUAUAGGACCAGCAGCUGGGUUUGGAGGACAUGGGCUAGGAUUGGGACUUGGAGCUCUUGGAGCGUUUGGUGGUUAUGGUGGUCUUGGCCUCGGGGGUUUAGGAGGUCUUGGGGCAUACGGGGGCUACCACAGUGGUCUAGGACUAGCUCCCGGAGUAUCCGUGACCAACGGUGGUGGUACCAUAGGCGUUGGACCCCAUGGAGUGACUGUUAAAGGUCCUGCUACAGUUCCUGCUACAAUCGCCGGCCCUGCUGGUAAAAUUGUGGCGAAUGGGCUAUACGGGGUACCCAGUCAUGGUCAUGGAUGGUAAAUUUGCAUCGUGAUUUCCUUAAAUUUUGACCAUUGUUCAAAGUAAUGGUUUUAAUUACUUAUACGUAACUGUCCUUACUAUGUUUAUAAAACUGCAUAAAAUUAACGGUUAGUUUGAAUUGUUGGACCUAUCAUGUCUCCAACCGAUGCGAUAAAAGCAUAAUGUUGUAUUAUAUUUUACAAUAUCGUAAAAAAUAUUGUUAAAUGGUAACAUAUGUGAUUUUUAAAUAGACCUAGAUUGUUUUAAAAUUGCCUCCCUUGUAUAGGAUUAUAAUUUAAGUGAAAAGCUUUAAUAAACAUAAUUUGGAACUUGA